GUAAAUAUAAUGCUAAGAGUCAAACAACCGCAAAUUCAAAGGGAUCUUUUUCAGGUUGUCGCGAACUUUUUAACUUACUUAAGAAAUCAUGCUAAACCGAGGUUCAUUAAGCCAUCGAAUUUAUAAUGAUGGCCAGAUUUGAAAUUUGGUUUGGACAAUAUCUUGAACUGUUGCUAUCUACGUAAAUUAUAUAACACUUGUGUCACAUAAUUCCGAUGAAAUUCCUCAUAAUAUACUUGAACACGCAUUAAGCAAAAAUGGAUUUUGAAACAAUUGCAAGCCAAAUCAUCCACAGAAGGAAGUCUUCGAGGCUAAAACCUUGGCAGAAACUGAAAUCAAAAGUUAUCGUCAAUGUGUUUGAGAAAGUUAGAUCGAAAUAUGACUCGGUUAUGUUUGGAAAGUUUUCCGAGCUGCCGAGAAUGAACAGCAAAUCAAUUCGAGUCUUCAUAAGUUCCACAUUUUCGGAUCUAAACCUAGAACGUAAUGUGCUGAUGAAGCAUGUCUAUCCAAAACUAAAGGCGUAUUGUCGUGAGAAGUAUGGGUUCGAUUUUUAUGCUAUCGAUAUGCGCUGGGGUGUGCCAAAUGUCAGUCAGCUAGAUCACCUCGGUCCGCAAACGUGUUAUGAUGAAGUUGAACACUGUAAAUCUGUUUCAGUUGGCCCACCGUUUCUUACAGUACUUGGUCAGCGUUAUGGAGAAUACGAGAUUCCAUUUAAAAUUGAUGCAUAUGAAAUGGAACUUAUCAAGGAAUGGUCCAGAAAAUUACCUGAUGUGUCAAGUGAAUGUUCUAACGCUUUGGAUGAAUGGUAUUUACGCGAUAAAAACGAUAUAAAUCAAGCUUACCAGUUGAAACCUGUAGUGGAAUCGUUUCAGCUAGUAGACAAUAAUAUCGUACAAAAAGCUAAACAACGAUGGUAUGAAUGCCGUAAAAUUAUGCAAGCUGGAAUAAGCAAAAUAAUUCCAGUUCUGACAGAAAAAGGACUAAUAACAAAGCAAGAUGCAAGAAAAUAUGCAAUUUCAGUCACUGAACAUGAAAUCGUAUUAGGAAUAUUGAAUGCAGACGAUACAAUUAAGCGUAGAUGUGCAGCGUUUACACGAACUAUCAAAGAAUUCGAUCAAGUUAUACAAAGUAAAAACGCAGAAAAAUUUCUGGAUUUAAAUCACGACGGCACACUAGAUGAAACACGUUAUGAGCAAAUUAAUGAUUUAAGAAAUAUAACUUUAGCUGCUGUAUUAAAGGAAAAUAAUAUACGUACCUAUGAAAUACCAUGGAAUGUAAUUGAAAAUAAUGGCCUAGAACGUUCAUUAUAUUUACGAAAGUUUAGUAUGGAUUUUGAAACCAAAACAAUUGCUUUAAUUGAUAAAGCAGUAUCAGAAAUGUCAAACUUUGAAAAUGAUGACUUAUAUGUUGAAGUAUUACAGCAUUUAACACAAUGUGUUGAAUUUGUUAAAGAAUUUCAUGGUCGUUCCAAUGUAUUAGAAAUCGUCAAAAACUAUAUUCAAUCAGACUCUUCAGGUCCAUUUGUACUUUACGGUCAGUCUGGUAGUGGUAAAACCUCAGUAAUGGCCAAACUUGCAGUAUCAGUUAGAGAGUGGAUUGAUGAAAUAAUUGAUUCUACAAAAAAUAAUAAUAGUAAUAAUAAUAGCCAUAUACGAUCUCGAUCAAAACAUUCAAAAAGUGAUAAAGUAAAUAUGGAGGAAAAAGAAGUAGUUUCAAGUGAUGCAACAUGUAAUGUUACACUUAAAAAUAAUAAUAAUCAUGACACUUCAGCUGUGACCCAUGAUUCUACUUCACCCCGUCACUUUCAGUCACCUAUCGUAAUAAUACGAUUUCUAGGAACAAGUCAUGGUACGUCAACAUUACGUCAGACACUGAAAUAUAUCUGUCGACAACUUGUUGCAAAUAUCAAUAGUAUUGGAAGUAUGAAUAAUGCUGAGUCGUUUACAUUUAUCGAUGCCGAAGUUAUUCGUGCACAAGAUGAUUUCCAGUCCAUUGUCAAUACAUUUUAUGAUCUCUUAAAUCAACUAUCAAGUAUGCAGACGUAUGUUGUACUAUUUCUUGAUGCUAUUGAUCAACUAGAACCUUCAGAUGGAGCAUACUUUCUUGGCUGGAUAAGGGUUCCUCUACCUAGAUAUAUUAAAUUGGUUAUCUCUACACUACCGGAUAUUGGUGGGAUAUUAGAUCACUUUCGAUCUAGCUUUCCAACUUCUUCUAUUUCAAAAAACUCAAACAAUUCAGAGGAGACUGUACCAAUUUUUUCAUUACAGCCAAAUUUUAUUGAAGUUGAAGUAUUGAAUGGUAUUAUGUGUGAACAACUAUUGAAAACUAGAUUGGAAUCUAGUGGAAGAUGCUUACAACCAUUUCAGUGGAAAUUGGUUCGAAGAGCAUUAUCACACUGUCACUUAACAUUAUUUGUUGUCCUUGUGGAACGUGUAGUCAGGGAAUGGAGGUCAUGGCAUCAACCUGAUUUUGUUUUAAAGAGGGCAAAUGAUCAAUCUGAACCAGGAGCAGUGUGUUCAGAGGAAGAAGUUCAAUUAGCACUUAAACAAUGGCCAAAUUUAGAAUUGGCUUUAACAGUUAGAGGAGCUAUUGUACAAUUUUUUGAAUCAUUGGAACAUACACAUGGAAAACUUUUGACAUCGCAUGCUAUCUCAUACAUUACUGCUUCACGUCGUGGUAUGAGUGAAGUAGAAAUUGUGGACUUACUAUCACUUGAUGAUGAAGUACUUCAAGAUGUUUUUCAACAUCACUUACCACCACAAGUUCGAGCUCCACCAUCUGUAUGGACUAGACUUCGAAGUGCAUUAGGAUCGAAUCUAGCUGAACGUGAAGCUGAUGGGAUAACAGUUUUAUUUUGGUAUCACCGUCAGUUUAUUGAAGCUGCCCAAGACUAUUAUCUAUCUGAUAUCAAUUACAGGCGAAAAAUUCAUUCAAAUAUAGCAGAUUAUUUUCUAGGCAAAUGGGCUGGUGUGAAAAAAACAUUUUAUUAUCCUAAAUAUCUUGCAGCGAAAUUGAAGUUACCACCAUCUAGUAAUGAGGACAGAAUGGUACCACCACAACCAUAUGUAUUUGAAGAGUCAAAAAUUGGUGGUAAAAAGAAAUUACGUUUAAAUCUAAGAAAAUUAAGUGAAUUACCAUGGCAUUUAUAUCAUUCAGGUCGGAUGGAUGAAUUCUACUCAGAGAUAAUGUUCAAUUAUGAGUUUUUAUACAAUAAACUUCGUGGUACUUCUAGAUCACAAUUGCUUGUGGACUUACAUCUCCCGAUACAAGCAUAUCGUAUAUAUCAAUCUGAACAAAUUCUUUCUUUGGAAAGUCAUUUACACCCUCUAUCUACACAGGAUCUUAGAACAAAAAUAGGUGGAUUAAAUUCAGCUCUAUUUAUCAAUUAUUCAUCAACGUCUUCAACCACUAACAAUGCCAAUAUUGAUAAAAGUGAUAAUUCAGUUCCUAUAAUUACACAAGAUCAUUUACAACCUCCACCACCAGAAGCUUUUAAAGUAUACAACUGUAUACGGAUUGCUGCUCUCAGCUUAGAUUAUCAACCAUCUAGUAUGCCGAUAGAUAUUUUAGGACGAUUAACGAAAAUCUAUGCACCUCAACCAAAUUUAUUUCGUGCACGUCAACGUUUAUCAACAUAUAUACCGUCAGGAUCACGUCGUAGUGUAUACAUGUUGAAUUCAAAGCGUGAAAUAUUCCAUAAACGUGGCAUAACAGAUAAAGAUAAAGACACUAACAGAUACAAGGAUCUACUAGAAAAACUUCUUAUUCAGUCAAGAAAUCUUGGUCGUAAACAGUGUGCUAUAUUACCACGUACAACUUGUUUUGAUUCUGGGAGUGGUUUACUGCAUACAACAUUUGAUAUUGGCUUAGGUAUUGGACGUUUAAUGUCAAAUAAUUUAAUUCUAUCCGUAGCGCUAAAUGGUAAAUCAGUUAGUUGGUAUGAUUUAGACGGUAAUUUAGUGAAAACAAUAAGUUUACCUGAAGUGAAUUUAUUCUCAAUGAAAUUUUUGCUAGCUUCGCAUAUUGCACCAGAUCCAAUAUCUAUAUGUGCUCUACCAAUCAUUAAAUCCCCAGAGAAUUUCAGCAAUAACAAUAACAUUCACUCUUCAGAAGAUCCAAAAACUAAAGAAAAUCGGUUACUGUCAAUUGCGAAAAUCGAUUAUUUCUCUGGUCGUGUAUCAACUAUAUCUACAUUAGAUGACCAAUGGUCUGAUAUAUUCAGUAUUUCUUCAUUGCUUGUGUUAACUGAUGAUUGGAUUGGAUCACUUAUAGAUACACAAUUAUACUUGGGUUAUUUACCCAAAAAACAAAUGAUCAUUAAUGAUUGUCGUCUUGACAGUCAAUCAUUUUAUCAUUCAAAUUUAAAAAAUAUCAUCAGUUUCACUUUAUCUAAUAUAGGUGUAUUCCUUAUCAGUACUGAUGAACACAGUGUUGUUGGCUUUCCAAUUAAUGAUAAUUCAACAGUUUAUAGUACAGUGAAACUACAAUCGAAUUUCAUUAUCUCAUUCUGUCAUACAACUUCUUCUGGGUGUGAAUUACACUUUUAUGAAAUAAUUCCAAUUGAAACGGAUAAUUUAAAAGAGGAUAACACAUAUUUCCUGAAUAGCAUAACGGAUGGUAGAGUUGACUUUCAAGGUUUGAAAUUAUAUCAGGGGUGUUUAAAAAAGAAAAUACCUUUAGAUGUAUCACAAUCCAAUAAACUUAUGGGUUGUUCAACACAUUUAAGUUAUUGUGAUCAUCUAGUAGCAUAUUUGUUCAAUAUUCGUCGUAAAACUGCUCAAGAUUUUGGUGUAAUAUGGGAUCAGAGAUAUGAGACAUGUGUUAACUUACAAUUACCAUUUAACGUUGAACAGGAUAAUUUAAGCAAAGAUGAAGUGAACUUAACUAAAGAAAUGCUUAAUUAUACCUAUACUUAUGGUAAAGGGGUCACAGCGAUAUUCAGCAAUGAAAAUGACCUUCUAUUCACCAAUGGAAAAGAAUGUUUCGUCUUAGUAUGGAGUACAAUGACUGGACAUAUUUUGAAGAUUAUAGCACAAGGUUGCGCAGAAGGCAUUCUAUGUGGUUUGUCAGUACCGAAUAUCGACGCCGAAGUAAAUAUGUCGACAACAACAACAACAUCAUCAAUAAAGAGUGUUACAAAUUCACCAAUGAGUGGUUCUGUUCUUGUUAUUUGUCAUUUUCCGGAUACAUCAGCACCACAAUACAGUGAAUCACCUGAUCAAGCAAUGUUUAUAAUGUGCAAAAUAUUCAACGUUAAAUCUUUACGUAAACCUGACAAACAUUUAGCUGUGUUAGGUAGUCAGCUAUUCGAUACUAGUGUUAUAGGCGAUGAUACUGAUACAAAUUUGAAUUUAGAAGAGAUUGCAACUGGCGGUCCAUUAGUCUUUCGUCCAGCCAAUAUGUCUAUUGAGUAUGUAUAUGAAGAUGCACUGCCAACGCUGGUUUUUGUAAAUCAUAGAAAAGAAGAACGCGAUGCUGUUGAUAAUUUAACAUUAUAUGAUUUAGAUGAAGAUUCUAGUAAUCCAAUUUAUUCUUGGUCUGAUAAUGAAGUCAAUGCAAAAUCAAUAGAGGCAUUUUUCACCACACAACAACUUGUAGACUGGGCUACGAAUACAAUUUGCAAAAAUAAUAACAAUAAUAAUAAUGAUAGUUUCAGUGACAACUGUGCUGGUAACAUGGAGAGAAUUUCUGUGUACUUGCAUACAACAGCUGCGAAAAUUAAAAUUUUAACAAUGUUUAAUGAUAGUCAAUUACUGGAUACUUAUACAUACUUAGAUCCAAAUAAUAUUGAAGAUUAUCUACCAAAUCUUUAUGUGCCUACAUCAACUGGUCAAAUUGGCAGUUUUGGUUUACUUCAACCAAAGUAUGGUAUGCUGACAUUGAUAAAACCGUCAUCAUUCAAUGAUAAAGAUGAUCCGUAUUUAUUAAUUAAAGUGUUAAUCUCCGUAUCAAACGACAAUAAUAAGCAUGAAUUUAAAAGUAUAUGGGGUGAAAAACCUCGAUUGAUAAAUUUAUCUGAAGCAUAUCAGUCAGUUAAAUUAGCUAGUACCUUGUUAUUAGAUAAACGUGAUCUACAGCCAAUAUCUUUAAAUUUAUUAACAUAUCGACCUAGUUAUCCAAAUCAUAUUAUUAUAGGUUUAAAUGAAUCUCAUAAAACAUUAUAUCCUGUUACUAGAUGUGAUGGAAGAAGAGUUGUCUGGUUAGGUGUUAUUCUAAUCGUUGAUUUAGGCUAUCCAUAUGAAGAUGGAAAGUGUUCAGUUAAUAACAUGGAUAAAUAUCCACAAAUUCUAUACACAACACUACUUGACUAUGGUCCACAAUUAACACUAUUUUCAGAUGGUGUUACAGCAAUUAAUUACCGACUGGUAGUCUACAAUAUUCUUACUGGAAAUCGAAAAUAUGAAAUAGAAAAUAGUGAAGUUGAUAAAUCCCUACAAAGAAUGAAUUCCGAUCAUUUUAGGUUGUUACAUGAAACUGUAAAUGAUAAUGAUGAAAGAACAGGAGAUGACGUAUGGAAUACUGACUUUGAUAAUGGAAAACUGACAACAGUUAAUAAAAUAGAAAAAUUCGUUGUAAAUAAAUUAUUACCAAAUGAAGAAAAUUAUUUUAUUCAAUCAGUUGUACUAGCAUCUAAUGGUAAACUACUCAUAGGCAAAAGACAUCAACCUGAACAGAAAAUCCAACUGGAUUUAGCUGAUGACUCAUUUUCUGAUAGUUCUGAUUCAAAUGAUUCAGACGGUGAUUAUGGUGCAUCACCAGCAAGAUGUUUGGUCGCUUUUGAAUUAUCAACAACACAAACCAUGCCAACACAGUUAUCUUCAUCUAUAAAUAUGAAUGAUACCCAGCUGAACCUUAUAACAGAAUACAUGUUUGAAAAUGAACCUUACAUGUUAUGGUUAUCUAAAGACAAGAGAACACUGAUUGCUGUUACGCCUAACGAAUAUUUACGAGGAUUCGAUAUAGGAUUAGAUCAAAGUGAAGAUUGUCCGGGAUUAAUGGAAUAUGUGAAUACACAAGAUCAACUGAAUGGAUCGAAGGAAAAUGAAGAGGAAAUAGACAGUGAUUUUGAAACACUGACUAGUGAGGAGAAGAAAAUGAAAAUGUUAGAUUACUUUGAAGAGACAGGGUUGACUGAAAUGAUGAAAACAGCUAUGCUCGAAGCUCUUGACAAAAGACCUCGUGAUCCUAUAAAGCAUAUUGCUGAAAGCCUUCUAAAACAACAUAACUCAUCGAAGAAAUAG